AUGCGCAUGCGCUCGGCGCUCAUGGCGGCUGUCUUCGAGAAGCAGCUGAGGCUGUCCAGCGAGCGGCGGAGGCGGCAUUCCGCUGGAGAGAUCGCAAACUACAUCGCAGUCAACGCGUACCAGCUCGGCGAGUUCCCGUUCUGGCUGCACCUGGCGUGGAGCAUGCCGGUGCAGCUCGCCCUCGCCAUCGCCAUCGCCAUCGCACUCCUCCUCUGGACCGUCAGUGCCGGCGCGCUCCCUGGCCUGGUCCCCGUCGCCGUCUGCGGCGUGAUUAAUAUCCCCUUCGCCAGGAUACUGCAGCGCUACCAGUCGAGGUUCAUGCAGGCGCAGGAGAACGCCAUUAAGGUCGUCAAGCUGCAGUCGUGGGAGGACGGGUUCAGGGAGACGGUGCAGCGGCUGCGCGAGGUCGAGGUGUGGUGGCUUGCCGAGACGCAGGUCAAGAAGGCCUACAACAGCGCGCUGUACUGGAUGUCGCCAACGGCCAUCUCUGCGGUGAUCUUUGCAGGGACGGCCGCGCUCCAGAGCGCACCCCUGGACGCCGGCGUGGUGUUCACCAUCCUCUCCACACUGCGCGUUAUCUCGGAGCCGAUGAGGAUGCUGCCGGAGGUGCUGUCCGUGAUGAUCCAAGUCAAGGUCUCACUGGACCGUGUGGGCGAGUUCCUAACCGAGGAUGAGUUCCAAGACGACGCCGUGGACAGGACCGGCACGCAAGCCGCCGCCAUGGGCCUAACUGUGCAAAACGGUGUCUUCAGCUGGGAACCUAGCGAGGCCAUUGCAACUCUGAAAGAAUCAGGGUCACUGCAAUGCGAGGCAAGAAGAUUGCUGUCUGCGGGCCUGAUCGGUGCAGGAAAAUCGUCACUGCUGUGCGCAAUUCUUGGCGAGAUACCGAGAAUUUCCGGAUCAGUAUCUGUGUCUGGCUCAGUCGCCUACGUUACGCAGACAUCAUGGAUCCAGAGUGGCACGGUGCGUGACAAUGUACUCUUCGGGAAACCGAUGAACAAUGAGGAGUACGAGAAGGCCAUCAGGUGCUGCGCAUUAGACAAGGACAUAGAGAACUUACGCGGGGAGCUGACAGAGAUCAAGCAAAGAGGCCUCAACAUGAGCGGAGGGCAGAAGCAAAGGAUUCAGCUUGCAAGAGUGGUCUACAACGACGCUGACAUCUAACUUCUCGACGAUCCUUUCAGCGCUGUCAAUGCGCAUACGGCUGCUACCCUUUUCAAUGAUUGUGUCAUGGCAGCCCUUGAGAGUAAGACAGUCGUUCUUGUGGCACAUCAGGUUGAGUUCCUUUCAAAGGUUGACAAGAUUCUGGUCAUGGAAAAUGGAGAGAUAACUCAGGAAGGAACCUAUCAGGAGCUUCUGCAGUCUGGCACAGCAUUUGAACAGCUUGUCGAUGCUCACAGGGACUUAAAAACAACACUGGACUCCCAGGACCAGCAAAGGAGCAAAGAUCCAGGCACUUCUCAUUACCAAAUACUGAUGAUACAGCGGAACAGUGAAGCAGAGAUCCCUGCCGGAAACCUACCCUUGGUCCAGCUGGCGGAAGAGGAGAAGAGGGUGCUGGGAGAAGUUGGCCUGAAACCGUACAAGAACUAUGUUUUAGUGUCCAAAGGCUGGUUUCUCCUUGUCUUGAUAAUGCUCUCACAGUGCGCAUUCGUAUUCCUGCAAUGCCUAACAACUUACUGGCUUGCAGUUGCAGUUCAAAACCACCAGUUCAGUGAUGCAGUUGUGGUUGGUGUCUAUGCAGUGCUGGCAACUGUAAGCUGCCUGUUUGCCUAUGUUAGGAGCCUUCUUGCUGCUCGCUUUGGCCUGAAAGCAUCAAGGGAGUUCUUUUCUGGGUUCAUGGAUUCAGUAUUCAAGGCCCCUAUGCUGUUCUUUGAUUCCACUCCGAUUGGAAGGAUCAUGAUCCGGGCUUCAUCCGAUUUGAGCAUCUUAGAUUUCGAUGUCCCGUACACGAUGACAUUUGUGAUCUCAGGCACGAUUGAAGUGGCAGUAACUAUAGUUAUCAUGAUCAUGGUUACAUGGCAGGUUGUGCUGGUGGCUGUUCCUGUUAUGAUUUUGCUGCUGCACAUUCAGAGAUUUUAUAUCGCGUCAGCUAGGGAGCUGGUAAGGAUCAACGGAACCACGAAGGCGCUUGUCAUGAACUACGCAGCAGAGUCGAUGCUGGGAGUGAUCACCAUAAGGGCCUUCGCUGCGGCGAAGAGAUUUAUUCAGACAAAUCUUCAGCUUAUCGACACAGAUGCGACACUGUUCUUCUACACCAAUGCGCUACAAGUCUUGGUUAUCGUCACAUCAUCCAUCCUUCUAGUUUCACUGCCGAAGGGAGCUGUUGCUCCAGGAUUCCUUGGUUUAUGCCUCUCGUAUGCAUUGACGCUUUCUUCUGCCCAAGUGUUCUUAACACGAUUCUACUCAAAUCUUGAAAAUUACAUAAUAUCUGUGGAGAGGAUCAAGCAGUUCAUGCAUCUGCCGGCAGAGCCUCCAGCUGUCAUCAGUGACAGAAGGCCGCCUCCUUCAUGGCCAUCUAAAGGAAGAAUAAAUUUGGAAAAUUUAAGAGUCAAGUACCGGCCAAAUGCACCUACGGUUCUGCACGGGAUCACCUGCACAUUUGCAGCAGGCAACAAGAUUGGAGUUGUUGGCCGAACCGGAAGCGGGAAGACAACUCUUCUGAGUGCAUUGUUCCGCCUUAUCGACCAAUCCAGCGGGCGAAUUCUCAUCGAUGAUCUUGACAUUUGCACUAUAGGAUUGAAGGACCUGAGGAUGAAGCUCAGCAUUAUUCCUCAGGAGCCAACCCUUUUCAGAGGUAGCGUGAGGAGUAACGUCGAUCCUCUAGGUCUGCACACUGAUGAGGAUAUUUGUGAGGCUUUAGAUAAGUGCCAGCUGAAGAAAACAAUCAGUGCCCUUCCCGGAUUACUUGAAUCACCAGUGAGUGAUGACGGUGAGAACUGGAGCGCUAGUCAACGGCAGCUCUUCUGCCUUGCCCGUGUUCUCCUCCGUAGGAACAAGAUACAGGUCCUCAACUCGGCCACAGCGUCAAUCGACUCGGCCACCGACGCCAUCUUGCAGAAGGUCAUCAAGCAGGAGUUUUCAGGGUGCACAGUGAUCACCAUAGCACACAGGGUUCCUACUGUCACGGACAGUGAUAUGGUCAUGAUUCUUUCAUAUGGCAAACUGAUAGAGUAUGACAGUCCUUCAAGUAUGAUGGAAAACGAGGACUCUGCCUUCUGUAAGCUCGUCGCCGAGUACUGGUCCAAUUAUAACUGA